GCCAUGGAGGGGUUUGUCUAUCCCCCCUUCAGCGCCUACCAGGGCUUCAGGGGUGCUGUGGCGGCGAGCCGGGAGCCGCUGCUCAAGCAGCCCAGCUGGAAGCAGAGCAAGAGCGGCGGCCUCGGCCCCUGGCUCGGGGCGCCGCCGCUGCCCGCCGAGCGCCUCGACAGCCAGCGGCGGGCGCAGCUCAAGGCCCUGCUGUCGCAGGUGAGCCCGGGGCUGACGCCGCGCCUGCGCCGCGCCAACACGCGCGACGUGGGCGUGCAGGUGAACGCGCGCGCCGAUGCCGCCGUGCAGUGCUCGCUGGGGCCCCGCACGCUGCCCCACGGCCGCCCCGCCGCCGCUGCCGCCCGGCCCCUCGCGCUCUACUCGCCCGUGCUCGACCGCCGCCUCUUCGCGCUCCCUGAGGCUGCCCAGGAGAAGGGCCCGGCAGCAGCGGGCGCCGUCGCCGAGGAGCACAAGGCCCAGAAUGAGAGCGGGAAGCCAGAGGAGGAGGCGGUGGAGGCUGCCCCACAGCCUGAGGAGCGAGCGGAGGCGCCGCAGGAGGAGGCUGCAGCCCCCAGGCGGGCGGCCGCCUUCCAGUUCCUGGAGCAGAAGUACGGCUAUUUCCACUGCAAGGACUGCAAAACCAGAUGGGAGAGCGCCUAUGUCUGGUGCAUUUCUGGAAGCAACAAGGUAUACUUCAAGCAGCUCUGUCGCAAGUGCCAAAAGGGCUUCAAUCCCUAUAGAGUGGAAGCUAUCCAAUGCCAGACCUGUUCAAAGACACGUUGUUCCUGCCCCCAGAAGAAAAGACACAUUGAUCUGAAGAGGCCUCAUCGCCAAGAGCUCUGUGGCCGCUGCAAAGGCAAGAGGCUGUCCUGUGACAACACCUACAGCUUCAAAUACAUCGUCUGAGCCUCCUGCCAGCCUCAGCUCUGCACUUYGUCAGUUCUUUGCAGUGAUUUGACUUUAGGCUUUUGACCUGGCAUUGGAUAAUGGAUUGAGUCUUUUGUAUUAUUUAUAAAAUAUUUAACUUUACUGUAUAUAGGCUGUAAAUAAAGUUCAAUAAAUGUUUGCACUGAUUUGUYACCACUUAGUUUCACCUUACUGUGCUGCACAGAGAAAUAGAUCCAGAAGGAAUAGAACAGCUGUAACURCUUGUACAAGGCUGAAAAUGCAAGGCAGCUUUGCACAGAAGCUUUGAGGAGCAUCAUGAAAUGAAUGUGGUCCUCAGCUUCAUCAGAUACACUUGUUCCUCUUCUACUUAACCUCCUUCACAUUAUAUAUAGAGUUUAUUUCCUAGUUCCAUUUGUUGUAAGUGUGAGGARUCGCAGAACCCCAGGAGCUCUGCAGUGCUGAUUACCUAACGCUCCUCAGGGCCUUGUCCCUCUGAGUCCUGCCCCUCUCUAAGGAGGGGAAGGAGGUAGUGUCUCUGCAACCACUGCCACUCUUUGCAGACUCUCCUGAUGAAAGCUUUUCCUUUAUCUCCUAGAGCUUUCUGUGUUGUGACUGCUGCACCUUCAAAGCUCUGGCU